CAACACUUAACGGGCCAAAGAAGGCCUCCCGCUGGAAUAUUUCGCGCGAUGUGUUUAAAUAGUUUCGGUGGUGUUUAAUGAAGUGAUUGCUAUUUUUUAAUAAGGAUAAUGGAAGUCGACGACGAUCGAAUUACCCCCUAGGCCUCGCAAUUCCAUGCCACACCAAAAUGAAAAGGAAGAUGCAAGGCCUGUUGUGGCUGUUUCUUUUGGAAUUUGCUUUACUGGUGAUGUCACUUGAACCUGGAUUUUUGGAUUUCGAUAAUUUGCCAGAUACAAAUUUUUCAUGCGUCGGAAAGGUCAUCGGAGGCUAUUAUGCCGAUCUGGAGACGAAUUGCCAAAUGUUUCACGUUUGCACCAUAGGUCAACUCGACGAACCGAUGGACAUUCGAUUUCUAUGUCUUAAUGGCACCGUUUUUGAUCAGGAAACUCGCGUAUGCGAACGAAUUGAUGAAGUGGAUUGCUCAAAAUCUGAACAGUUUUACAGCCUUAAUUUGGAAUUGUAUGGCAAUACGCAGCCUCCAAUUUUAGAAGAAUCUCCGGAAGUCGAGUAUUCCUCAGAUAAUCGUAAAAGUUCAACGACACUUCCACCCACGUCAUCGACGGCAACAUCGACUUUCGCACCGUUCUUUCCAAACACUCCUCCAACAACAAAUCGCGACAUUUCAAAAGUAAUAACUUCGCACCAUUUUCCGGUCAAUUCCCCCGAUAUACGGUUUAAUCCUGAAGAAAUCAAUAUCAGUUUGAAAGCCGGCGCGCCGCCCGAUAUCACCAGAUCACAAGUGCCCAUAUCAUACCAGCAGCAAAGUUUCAGCGAAAAGAACACAAGGGUCACUGUAACCACUCAUACGACCAUAUACAAGAGCGAGAAGCAAAAUCGUGCUCCCAUACUGUCAACAACAAAUCCUCCAGUUCAUUCCAUAACUGAAAACACUGAAUCUACUCUUUCGCCAAAAUCCGUCGUUAGUUACGGCCUAACUCACCUAAAGGGAUCCAAUCCGACUGAAAUCAAUUACGGGUUCGCCUUUCCCCAAACUGAGGAAAGCGUCGAGUACCACACAGAAGUUCCACCGCAUCCUUAUCAAUAUCAACUGAGUUUGAACAACUUCAGACCACCUUCGGCUCAGGGCCAUCCGUACCACUCUUCCUACAGAAACGGGAACAAACGGCAGCAAAAAUCGAAUUUUCCGGCUACAACGUACAGAAACCAUCCCGCCUUCACAUCCUCCCCUAAGUCACCAUCGUACCAAUCCCAUACGGAAAAGGUUCAAAAUUUACAACUACCCCUGCCGCUCUUACCUACGUUACCUCCACUCCCAUUCAGCUCGCCGUCCCCGUUUAGUUUAGGACACCACAUCGAAACCAAACGUUACACGAAGGAUCACCAGGCACCGCCAAGAAUUAUAAUCAGUGCAAGUGCUAGUGUUAGUGACAAUAACGGGCGUCGAUUGAACUACUCUUUGGGCACGAUCGGUGCGAGUCACUUUUUAGGGUCAUCUCCGGCGUCAUACGACGACUAUAAGGAGGAGGACGUAAUUCUAGAUCCAUUUUAUCACGAUGUUCCUAAACUUAAGAAAACGCGACGGAGAAGAAGUAUCGAUAAUGACGACGUUAUACGGGACGAUCAAGAAGCGGAGGAUCUACUACGAUACCUGUUCGACUGGUACAAAAGACGUGAAAAGUUGAAGGGUAUAUCUAUACCGGUAUCCGCCGAAGAUAUAACGAACAUCAAUCAGCAACUUGCACCAGUUGCGCCUGCGGAAGGUAGCGACGAAGUUGACGAAAUGUUUAGGCAAAUUUUAGAGACUCGAGGUAGGAGUGUCGAUUUGAGUACAGUUGCUACUCCGCCGGCAUUUAGAAAUUUAACUCGUGACGGUAGCGAAGUGCAACUCACUUCAAAAAAUCAUACAAGACGCAGUGGACUGAAUAAUGAUCACUUAGAGCAGCAAGCUGUGUCCUCUCAGAGUAUUCCGAAAGAAAUUCCCAAACCUGACGCUCCACAGACGGAGACGGAAAAUACAACUGUCGUCUCACAUUUCACUUUCCUGCAAAACGAAAGUAAUGCCGAUCAAAAUCUCACUACUCUAAUUGAUCAGCCGAUUGCGUCAACAACCGUUCCCACCUCCGACUACAACUACAGUGACUACUAUUACGAUGAUCUUAAUGCAGAAGUGGAAACCGAAAGCAAUAACAGUACCGAGCCAAGUGAAUUGGUCACAAAUCAGGUGGCGGUGAAUGUUUCAGAGUACUUUGAGCCGUAUGGCAAUGAAAGCGUUUAUGAUGAUUUGGAUUUAGUAACGACUACAACAGUUUCCACAGAGGUAGAUGUGACUACGUUGCCGGUCCCAACAACAGUUCAGGACAUUCAAAAUGUUACUGAAAAUACGCAGCAAAUGAAGUACAGUACCGCAAAAGAAAACGCAGUCGAUCUGCCGAGUGAUACCAAAAGUGGGGGUAAAGUGGAGGAAGCCUACUCAGUCGUUGGACAAGAACCUAAAAGCAAAGAGUCAAUGUUCGCUAUAAAUGAUUACGUUGACGACAAUUAUGAGCCGCUAUCGUAUCAAGUAAAUAGUGCAAAUGAGGAUAUCCAGCUAACCACGCCGCAAUAUGAUUCCUUAACCAGUAACUUUAAAGAAAUGGAACCGUCGACGGAAUUGGAAAAGGUAGUCAUUAUCGAUUUGCCAAAGAGCGUAACCGAAACUCCCACAACAGUGCCAACAACGCUCAGUCCUGAAACAACCAUAGUUACGGAAGGACCCACGCAAACCACCCUAAAAACUGAGAUAAUUACUGAAGUCCCCACGCAAACCACCCUAACCACGGAGAUAAUUACUGAAGUUCCAACAGUCAGUGGUGUCCAUUCGACGGUUACCGAACCGCUUCAACUCGUAACCUCUCAAGUGAAAGAGGGCGCCUCAAACCACUCCAAGCACAGAUUUGCUUCUAAGAAUCGGAAGGGAGGAAAUGAACAGGCAAAGUUCGAGACACAAGCAGAAUCCGUGGUUAGUACCUCACCGGUUGCUGCAGUACCGGAAGUCACCACCACACUCGCGACGCAACGAAAAAUGGAAACCGCCGACUAUUUCACCACGGAAACACCCCUAACCGACGCGCCCCUAUUAAAAAGUGCAAAUCCCACCAAGGGACGAAUAACACGAAUCGUCCUAUCGACAACCCCUCUAACGAAAAUCGUGAGGGUCGAUUUAAAAAAAGACUUCAAUCAACUUAGGUAUUCGUUUAACUGCUUUAAUAAACACAUACAUCGUUUCUAUUCGGAUCCUCGAGACUGUAGACUUUUCCAUUACUGUACUGUAGGUUACACCAAAAAUCAAUUAGUGGAUAUGAAGUUUGUUUGUGAUUUAGGGACGUAUUAUAACGAAGAGAAAUUUAUAUGUACUAAAGAAAAACCUGCCAGAUGUCUUUAAAAUGAACUUGUAUAGGGUAUAUAAUUAUUUUUUUUUAUUUUUGUAUCUACGAAUAUUUAUUAUAGUUAUUUAAUGUACUG